AAAACCAAGGAUUCCAAGGAUAUUUAGUGCAGUUUGUGUUCAACGUUUGCCUCAGAUCACCAAAGAGAAGUCAGAACUGGAAAAACGGUAUGAAGAACUUCAAGAUCAACUGGAGCUUGAACACAGUGCACUGUCAGAAGACGAAGUAGAGUGGGAAGGAAUUCUAGAACGGAAGAGGAAGCUGAAGGAUGAUGACGAUGAUGAAAUUAUGGCAAUAGGAAUGAUGGAGUCAGAAAGAAAGCAAUUUGAGGAGGAGCAAGAAGAGGAAUUGAGAAUGUAUCAGCCAGGAAGCCGACAGACAGAAGCAGACAAAAUAACCGACCUUAAAUCAUUACACCGCAAACUGCAAGAUAACUUAAUCCUGUUAGUAAGACAUCAAAAGGAUUCAGUAACAUGGGAGCUGCCUUGUGGUGAAGUUACAAACACCAGCGACACUCUUCAACAGGUAGCAUCAGAAAGUUUAAGUGAAACUUGUGGCACUGAUCUGAAAGUUCAGUUUCUUAGCAACGCACCAAUUGCUGUGAUGAAAAAAUACAAGAACAAAAAUGACAAGGUGUUUUUCUACAAAGUGAACUAUGUGACAGGUUGUGUCAGACUACAGGAAGGCUACUUUGAUCACAUCUGGGUGACAAGGAAAGAAAUGAAAGACUUUGUUGAUGCAGAUUAUUUUAAGACAAUUAAACGGUUUAUAUUUUAAAUGUUAAUGUAAAAACAAGCCAAGGAUCAGUUUUAUUAAAUAAAUUGUCUCUUCAUCAUCAUAA